AUGAAGUUUUCUCAUUCGCUCAAAUUCAAUGCUGUCCCCGAGUGGCAGGAAAGCUAUUUAAACUAUGUCUCGUUAAAAAAGACAAUUUACAAACUUGAACAAGACCAAGCAGCAGCAGCGGAAGAAUUGGGAGAAGAUGAUCGAGAAGGCAGGACAAGAGCUGAGACUGUGACUCAGCUCAUGGAAGUUUUGAAAAACAGUAAGCAUCACAAGAAUAAUUCAGCAUCGUCAUCAUCAUCAUUUUCUUCUCCUCCUUCUCCUUCUUCGUCUUCUUCGACUGCAAAAUCUCAUAGUGCGGUUUCCUUGGUUGGGUCUCGAUUAAAGAAAAAUCGCUUGGCAAAGACUUUUUUCCCCCACAAGUUUGGUCUUGGUGGUGGUCGAAAAGAUGAUCUUGAAAAUAGUGAAGUUGAAUUGCAAAAAUUUGAAAUUGACUAUGGGAAUGAAAAAGGUCAAGAUGUCAGCACCAAGAGCUCAGAAGUAAGAACCUACUCUGGUGAAAUUGCCAGUUCAACUUCAACGUCUACUGUCAACUUGGUUGAUUUUUUCAAUGAUGCCGAUGCCGCGAAAGAACCACUAGAUACUGACCCCUUGUAUAUUUUCGCCAAACUUUUAACUGCGGAGUUGGAAAAAAUUAAGCGGUUUUAUAAUCAAAAGGAAGCGCAAGUUUUUGAUUCAUUUGAUAACUUAAUCGGCAAUCUCGCAAAGAACCAUAUCAACGUUGAGGAAUUGUUUCAAGAGCGUACACGUACACGCGAGGCAUCUAAUAGUCAAGACCAAUUCCAUUCAGAAGCGACAACUACACCUGCAACAACAACAACAACAACUACAGUAUUGGAUGGAACCAGCGUCUACAAACACUUUGAUCAGCGGCUCGAUGACUCAAAACCCAUUAAUCAGUAUGACCUCGAAAAUCAAAUCACUGUCAACACGGGCUCCUUUGACGUUGGUGAAGAUUCCGAUGAUGAUGAAGACGACGACGAUGACGAGGAAGAGGAAGAUAGUCUUCACAGCAAAGACGACUCGGUAUUGUUGAACCAUUCCUAUUUCAAUGUAAAACACCAAUUCAAAGUUGCCAUGAAGAAAAAGGCAGUUUGUCUCUUUAUCAACUUGUCAGAGUUGAAAUCGUACAUUGAGCUCAACAAGGUGGCCUUUACCAAGAUUUGCAAGAAAUUCGACAAGAUCUGCGGCUAUUCGAUCAAAGAAGAUUUCAUCAAGAAUGUCUUGCCUUAUAAUAGUCGCGUUUUCAACCCCACCACAACUGAUGUCAUUGACUGCAAAAUCAACCAAGUUGUCAAAAUCUACGCCCUAUUCACAAACAAUUUAACUAUGGGCUCCACUACAAAGCAAGAAUUGGAGUACGUCAAGAAUGACUUGAGAUCGCAUUUACGCGAUCAUAUUGUUUUUGAAAGAAACACCGUUUGGAAGGACUUGUUGUCAUUGGAAAAGAGAGCCUACACUUUGGACUUGGAAAAUAGCCAGAGUAAAAUGGGAGACGAGGGAACCGUCACCAAUUCUCUAAUGUACAUGAGAAUGAAGGAAAUCAAACUACCCAAAUGGGCCAGUUGUGGCAGUGGCAAGGCGGAGCUGGGUUCAUUCUCAUUACCAGAAUUGCUCUUUUCCAAACAAAUGCUCAAAAUCUUGAUUACCGUUGUGGUGUUUGCCAUUUUGAUCUCCGUCAAGACUUUUAAUGACCCCGUUCAAGGCCGCGCCUUGGCAGUGUUGGUUGCAUGUGCAAUGUUGUGGGCAUCAGAAGCUAUUCCCUUGUACACCACCGCGUUGUUGGUGCCGUUGCUAGCUGUCACAUGCCAGGUGUGCAAGAUUGAAGGCACAGAUGAACCAAUGGCUGCUGCCGAUGCAUCCAAAUAUGUCUUGAGUGCCAUGUGGAACUCGACUAUUAUGAUCCUCAUUGGCGGUUUCACCUUGGCGGCAGCCUUGUCCAAAUACAACAUUGCCAAAGUGUUUUCAUCAUACAUUUUGGCUUUUGCCGGCACGAAUCCAAGAAAUGUGCUUCUCGCGAUUAUGGGGGUGAGUUUGUUCUUGUCGAUGUGGAUUUCCAACGUUGCCGCGCCAGUCUUGUGCUAUUCCUUGAUCAACUCGGUGUUGCACACUUUGCCCACUGAGAGCCCCGUUGCGCAGGCGCUUGUCUUGGGCAUAGCCUUGUCUGCCAAUAUCGGCGGUAUGGCGAGCCCAAUCUCGAGUCCACAAAAUGUCAUUGCUUUCCAGUAUUUGCAGAAUCCAAGUUGGGGCAAUUGGUUUGCUGUGGCGUUACCGGUUUCGAUUCUUUCGUUGGUGCUCGUUUGGGUGCUCUUGUUCACCACGUUCAAGAUGAACGGGGUCAGAUUGCUGCAGUAUAAGCCAAUCAAGGACAGGUGGACAGUCAAGCAGUGCUUUGUCCUCCUUGUUACUUUGGCCACGGUUAUUCUAUGGUGCGUGAUGCAGAAAAUUGGCGGCACAUUUGGUGAAAGUGGCAUAAUUUCCAUCAUCCCACUCACGGUGUUUUACGCCUGCGGGUUGCUCAAGGUCGACGAUUUAAACAAUUACCCAAUGAACAUUGUAUUUUUGGCCUCGGGAGGAAUGGCUCUUUCCAAAGCAAUCACUUCGUCUGGUCUCCUUUCAACCAUUGCAAUCGCGCAACAAAAGCGAGUCAUGGACUACGACGUUUACGUCGUGUUGAUAAUCUUUGGGUGUUUGGCCUUGGUGGUUGCAACAUUUGUGAGCCACACAGUCUCGGCCAUUCUUCUUUUGCCCAUCAUGCAAAAUGUCGGCAAAUCCUUGCCCGAUCCCCAUCCAGCGUUGUUGGUGACUGGUAUCGCGCUCAUUAGUAGUAUUGCACAAGCAUUGCCUUCUUCGGGGUUCCCAAACAUCACAGCCAUCAGUAUGCGCGACGAUGUUGGCAGACAUUACCUCACAGUUCGAACUUUUUUGCUCCGAGGUGCUGCGGCCAGUAUCAUCUGUUACCUAUGCAUCAUCACCUUGGGUUACGGCAUCAUGAAAAGCUUGAAGUUUUGA